UGACAAUGUGUGACAAGUGCAUUGCUUUGUAUGUGUGUUGAGGUGAUAGAACGCCUGAUAUCUAAGUGUACAUUUAAAUUGGAGAACCCUGACAGUAAUUAACAUGUUUAGAACAUUGUGAUGGAUGUAUACACCGGUGACAUGUGUAGGGUUCUUCUGGCUGAUUUCAGACAUGAAAAUGGCCGAGGACACAUCACACCGUCCAUCGAUCGGAAAGUUCCGUCGCUGGCGGGAGAGGCAAACAGUGACAAAAGAUGGGGGACCCAAUUAACAGCUCAAGUCUUCAGUACUUGAUUAACAGCCACACCGGAAACGGAAGUAUGAAACUAUCGAUGGAAACCGCCUGUGGGCCCGGAGUUGGGAACGGGAGCACUCCAUGUAAAGAAGAGGGCAUGGGUAUAAGUUUAUCUACCCCUAUUCUUAUGUUGUCUUCUGGACUGAUGGGCAACACGUUAGCUCUGGUGGUCCUCUACACAAUGAAAAAGGAAGCCAAACAGACUGUGUUUUUUACUCUCUUAGCCGGACUGGCCUGGACCGAUUUAAUUGGUCAACUGAUGACCGGUCCAAUGGCGAUAAUUGUGUACGCGAACAAUCUCCAAUGGGUGGGUGGAGAGGCGACCUGUAUUUAUCACGCCUUUUCAAUGAUAUGUUUUGGAUUUCUGACUCCUGUGCUCGUGUGUGCCAUGUCGCUAGAUAGAUUAGUAGCCCUCAAAUUCACAUUCUUCUACGCACGCAAUUUUACAAGAAAAAAAGCCCAGGUGCUUGUUGUGGUAUGUUGGAUAAUCGUAUUGUUUGUAUGUUCCUGGCCACUUAUGGGGUUUGGCAGUUACGAAAAACAAUACCCAGGUAGUUGGUGCUUUCUAAAUUUCCAUAAAGAGAGCGAAACUGACGUAGCUUUUGCGACUACCUACUCUGUGAUAAACUUGUUACUCAUCACCGUCAAUUUCUUCUGUAACAUUGUCGUCAUAUCAACAGUUAUACAAAUGAGGAAGAAAAGGAUUAUACAAAACUCACCAUCCAUAGAUAGAAAACGUAGACCCCAUCGUACAAAAUCUCAGAAAAGACUGGAAUCCGAGACACAAAUGGUGGUUUUCAUGUGUACAAUCACGUUCGUGUUCAGUGUUUGCUACAUACCAUUCAACGUGAAUAUAAUUGUGAACCAGGUGACGGGUGUAAUUAAUCACAAAGUUGACCUCAUCGUUCUUCGUCUACUCGCCAUUAACCAGAUCCUUGAUCCGUGGCUCUACAUAUUGCUACGCAGAGCUCAGUUGCUAAAAAUCUUAAACAACGUCAAACUCAAAAUCUGCUACGCUUGUGGAGGAUCGGGUAGUUUUAUGUCUUCAAAGCAACAUGAAUACCCACACGAUAAGAAAGAUGUCGAAAUCGGCAAAUCAUAUGUCCUGAAAUCAGUAGUGGGCGAGGUUGACACUCAAGUGCAUCGCAUCGAAAACGGAAGUGACUCUUCCGGAAGUAGAGAAACCCUGGGUAGCACAUCAAACCUGAUUCAGGAAUGUGAUGUAGAACGAGGACCACAUCGGAAAUAUACCCGAUCAAUAUCGGCCGACAAUAGUCGUCCAGUAUUUAUCAGUGACAGUGACUCUGAUGCUUUCCGCGAAGAAAUGGCAUGCUUCCGGACUUUGUUUGGUCCGGACAAACGAAAACGGCGCAAAACUUCUAGACGGCAGUCUGUGGACAAUACACUAGACAGACCGCGGAUAAAGCGACUGUACAGCCUCCCAAAUAACAUCUUCAAACAGGAAGCGCUUUUGUAACACAAGUAUGAACGUAUUAUACAAGAUACCUUUAUAUCGUUAGUGAUUUCAAAAGGAAGGUUCGCCAUUCUUUUUGACGAACCCAUUGAAAUAUUUGAUUUAUUAUUAACCGUCUUUCCGAAGAAUAUGACACAUGCCUUUCUAUAAUCAUCUGUCAGUACGGAUGUAGAUAUUACAAACAAAAUACUGAACGGCUGAGCGUGUUAGUAAUUUAAGCAUUGGUAGAUAGUUUUCAUAUGGCAGAGAGACGAUGAAUCAAAGAGAAUUUCUAUAUUAGAUAUACAUUUUAUGUGCUAUGUUUCCGUAGUUGAGCUAAGUAUAUGUUAUUUUGUAAAU